CGUCAUUGUUACAGAGUCAUUGUCAAUCAGAGACAUGGACAGUGACCUUGUUUUGCGAUAGAUACGUAAAAUUCCGUUAUACGCAUACUCGCAAGAAGUGUAACGAAUCAAUCUUAUUGAUAACAUAAUUCACUUAUCCAAUUGUGCUUAUCUACAUAGUUUAGCCAUACUCUGUUCCGUUUUCUGACCCAAGCUAGCCUACAUAUAUAAACUCAAUUUUGUCUCUGCGAGAGCAUUUUAAUCGUAAAUAGACAGUUAUUAUUUAAUACUCGUUUUUUCUGUCAUUUAAACUCUCAAAUAGAACGCAAUAAUUUUACCGAACUACUUACGCACAUAUUUUUAGUUUAAGACUUAAAUAUUAAAGACUUCCAUUUAUCAAUUUAAUUGUACAGAUUGACACACCCAAGCCACACCACAUCAGUGUUCACGAAGAUAGGAAAAAUGCUGAAAGCAUUCUCAGUUCAAUUUUUAUUCUGGGUUUUAAUUCCGAUACAAAUAUCCGCCAUUUUGUGGGAUGACUUUAGAGUUAAAUUCGGGCCAUCCGCGAAUCGUACUGAAACAAAUUCCUUCGUACGAAUGCCUACCAAUGUCAAUAAUGCAAUUGCGGCAGGAAUGGUUAACACCAGCCCGGAGUGCAUCAACGGAGGAAAAUAUUUCGGGUUUCGGUAUAAAAACCGAAAUUCGGACGGGAUUUAUUUACUCUUUGAUAAAAACGGGGUCAUUGCAGGGAUUCAAAUGUCGUUGGCCAAAGACGACAUUAUGAAACAAAACAAUCCAUAUCGUUUCGAUUUACUCCCAAUGUUCCAAAAUGAGACAAUUCGUGGAAAACAGUAUACCUUUCUAACUGCAUAUUUCGUCAACCCAGCCAUCAUCUGUACCACCGGGCGUGAUCCGACGACUUACCAUGCCGAGGGGACAGGCAGUGGUCUCUACUUUCAAAAUGGUCCCACCCCACAUCCCUCCAACGUUGUCGACGUCCCCACCUACCGUCCCGACGCGGCUGCUGAGGGCUACACCAACUGUGAAUGCCUCCCUGGGAUGGGAUUCCAUAACUUUUGGCAGGUGGAAAAAUGGGAUGACACCAACUGUCGGGAAGUCCAGCCCAUCCAACUCCUCUACAACUGGGAUGGCGCCAUGAUCGGAUUCGUGUUCCAGAUUUUGGCGAAAUCUUCAAACCCUCAAUUUGAAGUGCCUCCGAGCCGACUUAUCAAGGCAAUCAUUGGAAUGGAUCGGACACCCAAGUGUAUCAUGGAAACGAACGAAAAAUAUGGGACUGCAGCGCUACACAUUUAUUUUAUUGAUAAGCCUUGGGAUUUUAAGUGUCCUGCGGUAGUGGCAUGAAGUGCAGAAAAAUUUAGAGAAUUUUGUUACCAGAGUUUCUGAAAAGUCGCAAAUAAAUAUAAUGCAUUAAAUAAGUUACA